UUUAGCGGGCUAAUUUAGCAGCGCCCCCUAUACAUGCCAUAUAUGGUAUCAUAACAUCCGGGUCAUAAGUUAAAGGUCAUCUCUCAUUGGUCAAUAUCACAAGGCAUCCUGCCACUAGAAGAAAAAAAUUUCAUCGAUCGCCAUCUUUGUUUUGACAGCCAAAUUAUUUCACAUUUGAUUUUGACAUUCUGUGCUUAUCAGCUUGUUUAUUCCUAUCUUUUGGUGGAUAGGGUAUCCGAUCACAUCGUAAAACGAACUUCCUGUGAGUAAUAUGUGACAUUUGUCAGUGUAAGCUUACCAUGCUGUGGUCGACUGAGCGGACCUAAACGACAACAACAAACAUGGCGCCGAUCAGCUGAUUGAAGUGAUUGUUUGGUUUUCGGAUCUUCGACAUACAGGGAGAGUAGCUAUUUUCAUUUUGUUUUACACCCUACCCAACAACUAAGAUGCCUCCAAAACGAAAGGCCGCAACAAAUCAUGCCACCAUCCCUCCAAGGAAGUCCAUACAUCGGGAGACAGUAGUCGCAGAUCGAGAGGAUGUUCAAAUUGUUGACCAAGGUGAAAACAGCCAGGAGUCUGGCGAAACAUAUUCGGAAACCGAAGCUGAGGCCAUGAUAGCCAGGGCGGUCAAAGAAGGAGUCGAGAAGGCCUGCAGACAGAUCGGUCAACCAGUGGCGACAACGACUGGACUCGGUGAUGAUAUCAGGACGGAGGUACCCCCUGUAGGGGCACCAACGAUAGCACCCACUGUUGAAACGGCCAUUGGUGAGGUGUCCAUUGACCAAACUGUAUUGCAUAAUGCGGCAGAUGUGGCAGCCGCCGUAUCACAGGUCAACCCAGCUGAUGAAGUCCAAUUCAUCUCCUCUGCUCUCCCUUUACCUGCCAUGGUCACCCAGUCAACUAAAGAAAAAAAUUGGGCGGGGGAAUACAUUGACAUUGCGCUCAUUGACAAAAAAGAGCAGGAGACCUAUGAACAAGUAAUUCAAUACAAGGCUUGGGUCCCUGUGGUGCAGUGGGUGUCCAAACACAAAUCCAAAACUCUGUCCAUUGACCAAUGGACCAAUAAUUUUCACAUCUUUGCCUCAAUUUUAUGUGAGAAGUAUCCCGAUAAGUUUGGGUCUAUACUAAAAUACAUGUCUGUGGUACGCAAACUUGCUAGUAAAGGAGCUGACUGGCAGUACUACGAUUCUGCAUUCGUGGUCACGGGAAUAUAUUGAGUGAGAACUAUGACAUGAGGCUAUGCUUCGUAAGGGAGAAAACUUAAACACCACGCUCUCAAGUGGGGUCUUUUCGCCCCCAACGUUACCAAAACCCCUAUGUUUACAACAAGCACCAACCCUACACCCCCAGGCCAAGAGGAUUUAACAGGCAUCGUCACCCCUAUAGUCGCCGAUAGGCUAGUUGAAAUGUUAGAUGGUUACGAUAAAGA